CAUCGACUGCUCUCAAAUUCUAUUCGGUGAAGAAAGUAAUAAUUGAUCCGUGUUGUGCAGGUGUUUGUUUAUAAAAAAUGACAAAAACUAAACAAAAAUUAUUUCGAUACUUUACUACAGAUGUCCAUGAUGUGACCUUGCAGAAGUUUAUCAAUUUCUUGGUGAAAGUCACCCUGCAUGUAUAAAAAAAUGCCUGAUAACUUUAUUUGCGGGAAGUGUGGCAAGGUCGCGAAGACCAAACAGGCGCUGGAGAGACAUGCGGCCUAUCACGAGGACGACCGACCUUUCUCCUGCGAGGUCUGUUUACAGAGGUUCAAAAAUUCAGACGAUCGUGGUAAACAUUAUCGUCGACUGAAACGAGAUGGGAAAUUUAACAUUGCUUGCACCGUGUGUCACAAACAUUUCAAAACAGACGACAUUCUUAGAAAGCAUAUUGAAAUGCUAGGCUGUAAUGUUGCAGCCGUUGAUGGGACUGUUACUUCGAAAUCAGAACCAACAGGGCAUAAUAUUCAAGAGGGAAGUGCAAUUACUUUAAAGGAAGAAUAUGUAAUAGGUGAUUGUAUAGCAUGCACGUGUAAAGUGUGCGAGAAUGUGUUUUCAAGUACCUCCUCAUUAAAGAAACAUUAUAAAGAGGUACAUAAUGAUAAUAAACGACAAGUGUGUAUUCAGUGUGGACAAACACUAAGCUCAAAAGACAGUCUAGCUAGGCAUUUCAGCAUAUUUCAUCAGUCGUCAUUUCCGUACGCGUGCGAUCUGUGUGAUCAGAAGUUUAAAAUAAAAGAAAGCCUUUGUAGGCACGUGAAAUUCGUGCAUCAAGAUGGCGGGUAUCAGUGCCACGAAUGCCAUCGUGUGUUCAGUCAGCCUGUGAACCUAAGGAAACAUUCAGCUGUUCACACAACUCAAAAACAGUUUACGUGCAAGUCAUGCGGGCGAGAAUUUCGGUGGAAACAAGCAAUGCAAAAGCACGAGUUGCUUCAUGAUCCUCAAGGUUUAUCAAGCAAGGAAGAUAAAAAGGUAAAUUCGUCAAACUGUAUCAAAGAGGAUUUAAAUGGACCAGGGGAAAGGAUAGGUGAAACACACAUUGACCUAGAAGAUGACGAAACUCUAGAUAAUUCUUAUGAAGUGUUCAACGAUAUUCAUAGUAACACUGAUAGUCCUAAUGACUCAGCUCAAGGUAAUGUAAUUGAAGAUAAAACCAGAUGUGAGUUAAACUCAGCAAAUCAAAGCAUAAAAGUCAAAGGAAUUAACAAUUCUGUGAAAAGCAGUGUGAAAAAGUUACCAACUUUACCUGACUCAUCUGAAUAUAGUUCAGGGAAUAAUGAUACAGUUAAGAAAGGAAGGGAAUCAAGAUGGAGUGAAGGAGACGAAUAUGAUUUUCCCGAUUCAGAUGACGAAUCUGGUUUUAAUGAUAAUUUCAGUCGUGAGGAAUGUAGAAAAAGAGUGGGUUUUUCUAAUGUCAUGAAAUGCAUCAAAAGUAAGAAACUUAAACUGGUUGAUAUUAAUACAAGACCUAAAGAAAAAACUUUUUCUAGAGUCCCCAGGUAA